GGGGUCCGAGGCAUGUAAAAGUUUGAAAACCCCUGGCCUAGGUAGAUUAUUACGAGUGAAAGUUAUUUGGCAACCCAGGGGGAGGAGAUCUGAGAAGCCACACACACUGAUAACUGUAGACAUUGGUCAGGCUUUUAAAUGUUGUUGAGAGGAAACCAUUAGUACAAAUGGGGGUUUGACAAGCUUAGAGGAAGAGAUGACACGCUCAGCGAUCGACAAUUAGAGGCGGAAGAAUAAAUCGAUAUUUGAACGCGAUGUGGUUGCGCGUGACUUCAACGUACGUUCAUCGAGUGACUCAGUAACGGUUUUGAUUUCGUUUCUUAACAGUUAUUAGCGGUGAAAAUAAUCAAAAAUGGCUUCUAGAUCGGGUUUCCCCGUCAACUCCAGUACCCCAAUAAACCCCAGCAUGAACCCCAUGAACCCGGGUCACAGCAGCGCACUGAGAAUGCCAGCAAUGCCGCAGAAUUCACCCUACAGAGGGAUGGGCAGUACUCCGAACCAGUAUCACCAACGCCCAAGUAUGCCACCCAGCCGAGGAAUGCCAAUGGGGGGCAUGGGGUCUAUGGGUUCCCCUCUACCUGGUCCGUCUUAUAGUGGAGGCAUGGCCAUGCGACCCGGGAUGCCUCAAGCUGCGAUGGACCCCACCCGGAAGAGACUCCUUCAGCAGCAACAGCAGCAGUCCGGGGGUCUAAUGGGCCCGAGAAGGGGGGUGAAGAGGCGUAAGAUGGCUGACAAAGUGCUCCCACAGAGGAUCAGGGAUCUGGUCCCAGAGUCUCAGGCUUACAUGGACCUUCUGGCCUUUGAGAGAAAGCUGGACCAGACCAUUGCUCGCAAACGCAUGGAGAUACAGGAGGCCAUCAAAAAGCCGAUCACGCAAAAACGCAAACUGAGGAUCUACAUUUCUAACACCUAUACACCUGGCAAGCCAGAGGGAGAGGAGGCUGAAAAGGUGGCAUCCUGGGAACUUCGAGUGGAAGGCAAACUCCUGGAGGACCCUGGGAAACAGAAACGAAAGUUUUCAUCCUUCUUUAAAAGCCUGGUCAUUGAAUUGGACAAAGAACUUUACGGCCCAGACAACCACUUGGUGGAGUGGCACAGAAUGCCCACAACCCAGGAGACGGAUGGAUUUCAGGUGAAGAGACCAGGAGAUGUGAAUGUGAAAUGUACUCUCCUUCUCAUGCUGGACCACCAGCCUCCGCAGUAUAAGCUGGAUCCACGUCUAGCUCGUCUGUUGGGAGUCCACACUCAGACCAGAGCCAGUAUCAUGCAGGCCCUGUGGCUCUACAUCAAAAACAACAAGCUGCAAGACUGCCAUGAGAAAGAGUACAUUAAUUGCAACCGAUACUUCAGACAGAUUUUUGGCUGCCCCAGGAUGAGAUUUUCGGAUAUUCCCAUGAAGCUCGCCAGCCUCCUUCAGCACCCCGACCCCAUCGUCAUCAAUCAUAACAUCAGUGUGGAUCCCAAUGAUCAGAAAAAGACUGCGUGCUUUGAUAUCGAUGUUGAGGUGGACGACCCUCUGAAGGCUCAGAUGACCAGCUUCCUGUCAUCCACAACCAAUCAGCAGGAGAUUGCUGCCCUGGAGAUGAAGAUCCAUGAGACUAUUGAAUCCAUCAACCAGUUGAAGACCCAGAGAGACUUCAUGCUCAGCUUCAGUAACAACCCGCAGGAGUUCAUCCAGGACUGGCUCAAGUCUCAGAGCCGAGACCUCAAGUUAAUGACGGACACUGUGGGAAAUCCAGAGGAGGAGAGGAGAACUGAGUUUUAUCACUCACCCUGGGUCACAGAAGCUGUUGGACGCUAUAUAUUUACAAAGGUCCAGCAGAGGAGACAAGAAUUGGAACAGGUACUAGGAAUCCGACUCACUUAAGAAGAUUCAAGGAAUUAGCUCAAAUACCGAUGAGAAUAAAGCCAAUGGAGGAACUUCAUAUAGAAGUUUUGGGUGCUGUUUUUUUUUUUUUUUUUGGUGUAUUGCACUGUCAUAAACUUCUUGUCAGUUGCAGCAUUUGCAGACUGUACCAUAACACACAUCUGGUCACAUCAGAUUUCAAAUGCUGUUACAUUAACUGGAAUGCUUCAGUAUGUAUCUUCCUCUUUCAAUUCAAUCUCUGAUCUUUUCUUACAUUAUAUAUUCUGAAAAUGUAAUAUGAAAAUAAGCCAUCCAGUUCAUUUUCUUCACGAUUCAGUUUUUUGACAUAGACAUCUUUACUUUUAUUAUAACCUGUUAAAUAGGACUCUCUCUUUUUUUUCUUGUAUAUUUUACAGUAAGAUAUAUAUAGUACUGUAGCUAAUUGGCUAAAACCCCAUAAGUAACAGAUGCAACACAGCUUCUUGUUGUUCAUCUAUUUUGUUUAUAUUUAAUAGUUCAUUAAUGAAUAUAGUUAACUGUAUAGUUAAUUAAUUAGGAAUUGCCAAACUCAAGUCUACAUUUGCCAUUUCAUUUAAUUCUGACCGCAAAGGCUAUUUUCAUAAAUUAAUUGCACAAUUUUUGAGUCAGAAUGCAGUUAGUUAUACAGUGGGGAUCGAAAGUUUGGGAACCCCUUUCAGAAUCUGUGAAAAUUUUUAACAAAACAAGAGAGAUCAUACAA